AUGGCUACGAUAUUUGGUGUAUCGUUGAAUCCUUUUUCAACGCCUGUAGGUGAAAAAAUUGAACUUGCAACUGAUGGGGGCUUGGCUUCUGAAAAUUGGUCACUUAAUAUGGAAAUUUGUGAUAUGAUUAAUGACACAGAAGAAGGUCCUAAAGAUGCAAUUAAAGCAAUUCGUAAAAGAUUAAAUCAAAAUGCAGGAAAAAAUCAUAAAAUUAUUAUGUAUACCUUGACAGUUUUGGAAACAUGUGUAAAAAAUUGUGGUAAACGAUUCCACGUUUUAGUUUGUAACAAAGAAUUUUCUCAGGAUUUAAUUAAACUAAUUGGUCCAAAAAAUGAUCCACCAACCAUUGUUCAGGAAAAAGUGUUAAGUCUUAUUCAAAGUUGGGCAGAUGCAUUUCGUAAUCAACCUGAUCUUCAAGGAGUUUACCUUGUGUAUAGAGAACUUCGUCAAAAAGGAAUUGAAUUUCCUAUGACAAACCUUGAUACUAUGGCCCCAAUACAUACACCACAUAAAAGUUAUUCUGAAGAGCUCAAGCCAGUAGUCAGUUCACAUUCAAAUGAUCAAACAAAUAGCCGGUCAAACAGACCAGAUCAACUUAAUAAACUGAAUUCUGAUUUAGAGUUAGUUCGUGGCAAUAUGACGGUGUUGAAUGAAAUGCUUUCAGAAUUGGUACCGGGAAAAGAAGAUGGAUCAGAUGUUCAACUUUUAACUGAUUUAUAUACCACAUGUAAAGCAAUGCAAGAAAGAAUUGUUGAACUCCUUGCUAAAUUAUCAGAUGGUGAACUUACUGAACAACUUUUGCUAGUCAAUGAUGAUUUAAACAAUCUUUUUCUACGAUAUAGCAGAUAUGAAAAAAAUAGAGAAGCGGGAUGUAGCUCGCUUUCUGUCGAUGGUCAAUCUAUAAAAACAACUGAUUUACUUCAAGGUUUUAUUGAUGAGCCAAUUGCUACAACUUCAAACCAAUUCUCAAAACUGAGUGUCACUAAUGAAAAGCCUAAACAAAAUCCACCUGCAGAUUUGCUUACUAGUAUUCACACAGAUGACUUUGAUAUGUUUGCUCAAUCUCGAUCAGUAUCAUAUGAAAAUACAAAAAUUGGUGGAAGUAGUUAUGAUGCCAAUUUAAAGCCAGAUCAAGUUAACAGUUUAGCUUCUUUGACUCAAGCUCGAUCACAAAAUGUGACAACAAAAGAUAUGCACAGUGAACAGGAUUUCGAUGAAAUAGCAGCUUGGCUCAGUGAAAAUCCAGGAAAUUCUACAAGACUUGGAGGUGAAAUCGAAGAAUCUCUAUCAAGCAGUGAAUUUGAGAGAUUCUUAGCAGAAAGAGCAGCAGCUGCUGAAAAUUUACCCACAGGAAAUAACGAAAAUGAAUCAAGACGUAAUAAAGACAAACAAGGUGAUACCAUGUUUGCUUUGUAA